AUGCCAUCCACUAAUACUUCAUAUUUCGUGGCUUCUUGUGGACAUAUCGCUUGUCACGCUUGUGUAGGAAAAGGUAAAAUAAUUUUAAUCUUUGGAGAAAUAUCUAUUUUAAUAUAUUUUUACUUGUAUUAGUUAGAUUUGAUUUUAUUUGCAUGAAAGAGCUGUUUUUACAGCUAUUGCAUCUAUUAUAAUAUCAGUUGUUGAUUUUGCAACGUCUGAACGUUUUUUUAUUAGUUGUUUGACGUAAAAUAUUUCAGGAUUGAUGAACAUAUGUUACCUCUGUAAAAAGAGUGGCAAAAUCACACGGUUAACUUCAAACAUGGACGAAAAGGUAUGAAUUUUUUGCUUUUUCAUUGUUUUAGGUAAUAUUUUGUAAAUUGGAGUGAAAGUUGGAGGUAAAUAACCAAGAAAUUUAUUGUUUCAGGUCAAACGUUACUUCAUGGACCCAACUUCAAUGAUUAAUAAAAUGAUUUCCGAUGCUACCAACACCUCAGCGAAGAAACGGCAACGUGAUGCUCGAGUUGACAUGGAGAAUAAGGGUCUGAUCAGCGAGGUGGAGAAGUUAAAUGCCCAGCUGGCUCUGAAAACCACUGAAUUAGAGAAUAUGAGAGCUAAUUCGACUGUUUGUGACAUUUCCAUCGAAUCUAAGCGGAAUUCCUCAAUGAUUUUGCCUGAAACAACUCAUAAAACACCUCAAAAACUGUCGGAAAGCUUCACAUCAACUCCGCUCAAGGCUCCAGAACGAUAUGCAACUACACCGAAGAACACGGAACGUUUUGUAACAACACCCACGAAUGGAGAACGAUUCGCGACAACACCAAAGACUGGGGAAAGGUAUUCAGACCUGGGAUCGGUGAAUCGAGCCUUGAAACGAGCACAUUUUACACCGAAGAAUGAAGGUACAUUAGAUGAAGUCAAUCUGAGUACUCAGUCAGUUCGAUCUAAUCUCUCCAGGACUUCAGCCAACAGUUCAGGCGGGUCGGGCAUUGAUUUGAGAUUUCCCAACAAAAAGAAGGUAAGGUUUUCUAUAUUGAUUUAGCCAAACUAAGCGGUAAUGUUGUUAUUAGUGAACAGAAAACGAUUUUACUGUGUUAUAUUGUUUUGAAAUUAGGUAGGAAUUGUUCUCAUAGCCAAUUUUUUAGACCAAGAAGACGUUAGCCCAGGUUUUGUCAGCAACUUCUAUUGAUAAACAUGUAUUCAACACUGGCUCAGCCAUCAACAAGUCCACAUAG